AUGGGGAGAGCUCCUUGCUGCGACAAGGCCAACGUUAAGAAAGGGCCAUGGUCCCCUGAGGAAGAUGCCAAGCUCAAGUCUUACAUUGAGAAACAUGGAACUGGUGGUAACUGGAUUGCUUUGCCCCAAAAGAUUGGGCUUAAGAGAUGUGGCAAAAGCUGCCGGUUGAGAUGGCUCAACUAUCUGCGUCCAAACAUCAAGCAUGGAGGCUUCUCUGAAGAGGAAGAUAGAAUCAUUUGUAGCCUUUAUGUUAGUAUUGGAAGCAGGUGGUCUAUAAUUGCAGCGCAGUUACCGGGAAGAACAGACAAUGAUAUAAAGAACUAUUGGAACACGAGGUUGAAGAAGAAGCUAUUUGGGAAGCAGCGGAAAGAGCAUCAUCAUCAACAACAACAGGCAACUCGUAGAGGAAACGCUCUAAAGCAAAUGCAACAAAUGAAGAGACCAUUAGAGAAUAAUAAUAACGCAACAAAUUAUGGGGCUGAGAGCAACAAUAUUGCCAUGUUUUCAUUAAACAACAUUCCUUAUUGGCCUCAGCAGCAGCAGCAGCAGCUCCCUUUGGGACCUCACUACAACCAGGGCAGCUUGCCAGCAUCUGAUCCAAUCAACCCGAUUGAAAAUCUGAGCAAAUUUGGAGGUGAAUCCAUGGGUGAAGAAAGUGGGUAUAGUAAUAUGAACAACAAUGCAAAUGGGUAUGGCCAUUUUUUGCCAAUUAUGCAAGGGCAAAGCAGUAACCAAAUGGUGGAGGUGGAGGUGGAGAAUUACAACAUGACAGGGUACGAGGAUCCGAGGAGGGUUUUAUGUGGUCUUGAGUUUCUGUUUGAAGAUCAUCAUCAUCAUCAGAUUUUGGGUACCAAUGGUCAUGGCUGUGAAAUGGGGUCUCUCCAGAGUUCUUCAUGCCCGAAUUACGAACCAAUAAUGCUGCAAGAUUUACCAACUACUGCUGAACAAUAUAAUGCUAAGUUUGAUGACUUGAGGAUACUAUGAUCAUGCCGGGCGCGAUGUAAAGCAAUAAAAAUUGACUCUUUACCAAUACUGAUUUGGAGGCUGCGGUUUGGAUUUUCCUUCUGA